UCCUUUGAGUUUGCUCUUAGAACGUCGGCCAUACCAGUGUUUGAAUAUGGAGCUAAGGGCUUGAGACACUUGGGUGAGUUGUAUUUGUUUCUCCAACUUCAAGAAAAAUAGUUUGUUUGCUAUGGAUGACGACUGGUUGCAGCAGAUUUUGUAUUGGAUUUCUUACGAAUGAUUUUUCUUUGAUAUUACUGUUAACAUUGGACGGUCAGACUCAGCAUGAAAGACACAUCAUCAAGGAAGUUCCCACGUCCCAACAAAUUCCUUAUGUCGUGCUGAGCCGGAUAAAAAGGGUUCUACAGAAAUUCAGCAGCUGUAAAAGAGGCAAGACAGGUGAUGCACGAGACUGAAAGAAGUUUGUUGACAUCAUGAGCUGCGUGGAAAAGCGACACAUGAGCCAUCGCGUGGGAGGCAUGCUCCACCAUCGCUUCCCCAACGCCUUCACCGACUUGUUCAUGGACGAGACUGACCGAGAGGUCAGCACUCUUACCGACAGAGCCUUCCGAAGUCUCUGCGUUGGGGAUGAAGCUGUAUACAAUGACGAGUUGUUGUAUGGAUACUCACCUUUCAGCUGCCACAAACCUUUGGUAGGGCAGCCGCUUAAAAAGACUCAUCACAAGGAAUCUAAAACGCAACGGCAAGACAAAACUGACAAAAACUAUGCCCAGCCGUGGAAACAACAGGAACAGAAAAACAUGUCGUCUUUCCUCAAGGCAUUAAGUGCUACAGAGGAAAGCAGCGAGGGGAUGUUGAUCGCAAAUGGCGGUAUGACAGACUCUAACGGGGAAUCAUGGGAUAAGUCUGCACUUCGCAGCAUCCAAAGAGAGCUAUCGGAAUUUUCCUCGGAUUAUCACUCCAAUGUCACAGGCGGAUAUUACGAGAAACAUCAACGACACCAAUCUGGUGAUGGUUCCUUUAACAAAACAGGCAAAGAUGCCGCCAUUGUCUCUGGGAAACAUGGGAAAUCCACAAUCAAACUAACAAAACUUAUCAUUAAAAACUUUUUCCUCCACAGUGAGUUUAGUCCUUUCCAAACAUGGGGAGACGUUAACCGGUUCCCCUUUGAUCGAGACGACUCUUCUAUUCUUCCCACAGAUAGUAUUCCUAAAUGGUAUGACUUGCCUUUUUACAAGGAGCUUACGGAAGGACACAGAACAGAGAAUCCGCAUAAAGAGGAGGCGCAGUCUUGCCAGAAAGCAACAGUUGAGCCCCCUCCACCUACUGCUCCUAAACCAAUCCCUCCCCCUCCUCCGCCUAAGGUCUUGCCAAAGCCCUCAGCUACUCUGGCUGAGAAGAGGUGCUCAUCAGAAAGAGGGGAUGGGAGUGCUGCCCCCUGGAGGCGCAACAGGUCCAGGGCAAAAAGUGUGAUUCCAGUCAAUCAACCUGGGAUACCAGCUCAGGAAAACAGUUCACAAACGGUACAUGAGAGUCUUUGGUUGGUCAGAAAGGAGCCUAGAUCUGUGGAGGUGACGACAGUUGAGGAAGUAAGCUCUUUGGCUUCAACUCCGUUCAGCAUCUGCCAGCUGAUGACUCCGAUCAUUCCCUCCAGACAGUCAACGGAAACAUCGGAAAUUCUCCUAACUGUGCUCUCGCCCUCCUGCCUUGAACUCCCGCUAAGACCACACUCUGAAGCCAAACUCACCCCUGAGCCUGGAGUCAAGCGGGACAGCUACAAAUCCCUCGCCUCCAGCAUCCUCUUCAACCUCAAAGACAACAGGAAAAGGGUGAAAAGCCGUUACAGCCCUCCUAAAUUCAAAACUUUAGAGGUGCUCGACAGUGGUACCCAGUUUCCCCAAUCAGAUCCUCUGAAAUAUUCACAAGCUGGCUCCGAAGGCUAUGCAUCUGGCUUAAGCACUCCUGCCGUUUUUACAGACAGACAGAGAGUGUGCAGUCCGGUAUUAGAAUUGAAUAACACCCCAACUGGUGGUCAAACUAAACAUGAUAGUGAUAGACCUCUUUCAGAUGAUUAUUUGUUAUCAAAUCUACUGCAAACUAACAAGGCUGCAGGUAGUCUUGAUGAGGAAAGUCUCAUAUCCCCUGUAAGACAUUCAAAAAUGAGUCCAAGGGCUCGAAAGCAAAACUACCCAUCUCUGAAUUUGUACAAGAAAGCAAGCCCUGUUGACAGUGAUAUAAGACAUGUAUUAGUCCCUCUGAGCGCUGCUGCUCCUAAACGCUUAGACCAACCAACCGAGGCAAAUACACGUUCGCCACGCACGCUAAACCAAGACCUCUCUCAAAAAGCUCUGCCCACAAAUACCGGGUUUCCAAUUUCUUUGAAUGUCAAAGAGGACUGUUUGCCCGUAAUUCCACCUGAUGAUGCACAUGAAAACGAAGCACUAAAUAAACCAGAAAAAUCAAAACGAUCUGCAAGAGACCAUACAGAAAAAGACUUGAAGGGAAAAGAUGCUAGUUGCCAACCUAUGAGUACAAUGUAUGUGAUCAAAGCCGCCAGGGAAGCAAUUAACGCAGCCAAAAAUAAAGCUAUAUAUAAAGCUCAGUCAAAUAGCGCGAAUAAGCCAAUUUCAGACCCAGAGGAAGUAAGGGAAAGAGAAGUGUGCAAGAGUUCAACACCAGAAAACAACAAUAUUUUAUCCCAGAGUAGAAAAAAAGCAGAAAUGGAUAGCAAAAGGGGUAAUUUCAAGAAAGUUCCCCCACCAGUUCCGAAGAGAAAUUUUGCAAAAUCUGAUAUGCUGCUCUCUCACAACAAAGAGCAAACAAAAAAUGGUGACAAACUGUCUAAUGGGGGCUCAAAGAAAGCCAAUUUAAAUUUACCAAGAAUUGAAGAUGAAUUUGACAAGACAGAGGACAAACUCAAACAUACGUUUUCUGCCAGACAGAACAACUACAUUAAAUAUCAGAGAUACGCAAGGUCGGAUGAACAAGAGGAGGAGUUUGAGGAAGGGGAUCCGAAAGUGAACCCAAUAAUAGAGAUGGGUGAGGAGACGAGGCCGCACAGAGAAAUGAAAGAUAGUGAGCAUAUAAUUAAUGACCUGAAUGCUCUGAAAGAGCUGCAGAGAGCAAGACUUGGCGAUCAUGUUGUCGACAACGCAAAGAACAAAUUAAGCGUUAUUAACAUCGAUGAGGAAGCUAGGGCUAAGAAUGAUUUGAUAUCAAGGGAGCUAAGAAAUAUUAAAAAGGGUAUGCUGUCUAUGAGAGGGAACACAACAUCUAAAAGAGAACUAUUUGCACAGAAAGAGAAGGAUCAGAGCAAGCAGGCGACUUUUGCAAAAAUUGACAGCAACGUCAUAGUAAACAAAGCCCUUAUAAAUGACAAUUAUGACAGAGCAAAAAUGGCACUUGAAGAGAUCAUCUCAGACAGGCAGAGAAGAAAGAAUACAUUAACUGAACAGGACCCAAUAUUUGAUGAGAAUGCUGAUGAAAGGUGUGUAACAAGGGAAGAGCAAAGUAAAAACGCCAUGAUGGAUUCUGUGACAAAAACUAAGGAAAAACAAAAUUCCAGAUUUAUCGCACUAAAAGAGAACGAUUUCAAAGAGAGGUUAAAUGGUCUGAGAGACCACAAUCACAUAAGACAGAUCCUGUCUCAAAGUGAACCUGGACUGAGUGAGACUCACAGAUCAGGUGGUAGGUUAACGUUACCUGGCAAUGAAAAAACGUGUGAUUCGAGCUAUGAAUCAGAAGAGAUGACUAUCGGGUAUGCAGAAAGCCAGAAAUCUGAAGAAAGUGGAGAAAAGCUGAAGAAUGGAAUUGAAGACAAGAAGGGCAAGGUUCCUCUUGCUCCUCCUAGGAGUAAAAGGAGAGGAAGUAUUAGAAAUGGAAGCAUUUCUACAGAGACAGAUAGUUUGAGAGAUGAUGUAGAAGGAGAUAUCUUUAACAUAGAUGUAAAACAUGAAAAAGCUGAGGUAGACUUAACUGAGAUAUGGGGUACAGUAAAUCUUAGAAAUAGUGACCUUUCUAUGAGAGAGGCCUGUCAAAGUGAAACAAAUCAAUUUAAAGAAAUGUGGGAUGUAGUCAACAAGGCCAAUUCAAAAUCCACCAUGUUAACUGAUCCAGUUAAAUGGGAGUCUGUGUUACAUUCAAAAGUCCCACAAUCUGACAAUAAAUUGAGUAUAUCACCAGAGAUUAGAGGAAAUGAAAACAAGGCAAAUAACUUGCAUGCAGAUAUGAGCCCCACAAAAGCUACGAGCAGCAUUUCCUGGGCACAAGAAACACCAAAGGUCAAACAGAAGGGUCCUUUAAAACCAGAUAAUUUAAACAAAACUCCGGUAACAAAUCUUUUAGGGGCAGAAGAACCAGACAAAUUGAAUAGAGCGAUUGAGGAAAUGCAUGCAAGGGAAGAGGUAAACCCUAGACAUAUAACAUCACCCUUACUCAUGGUUAAUGGUAUCAGCGUCACUCAGAGCCCACCUGAUCAAGCCAGCUUGUCUUCAAAAUCUUCCUACUUCUCUGUGGAGAGUGCACUGCACAGAAAUACAGAGACGGAGUCAAAUGUUUACCACUCUCUGGAGAACUUGAUUGGAGAUUUGGAGGAGGUUGAUGAAGAGACGCAGAAUAUUUCGCGAAACACAAAACAGGUUAUCGACGGAAUGGAAAUGGAAUAUUAUUCUUUGAGUGACCAUGAAAGCGAGCCAGAGGUUGUAAAGCAUCUGAUAAAAUCCCCUCAAAAAGAGACUAAGGUACCACACAUGGACAGCAAAGACAAUGCUAGCAGAGAUCAAACAUUAGUGCAGGAUGAAGAAAAUCAUACACCGAUGUUGCGCUCCAAUAUUUUCUCACCAACUUUGGGGAUCCCUGCCUUGUUCAAAGUCAAAGAUAACACUCUCAGUAACAACUUGAGGUUGAAAACUAUACAACCGUGGACACCAAGAGGUAGUAUUUCAGAAUGGGGAGAGGAGGUGCAUGAAGUAAAAGACAAUGCACAGCUUCCUGUUGCUCAUGAACCCGCCACCAGAGGCAGCCCAGCAAUCCCAGAUGAAAUAUUCUUACCCAAAGAAAGUCCUUCGAACAUUUCAUCUCCACUGCUGCAGUCGCCUUCACAUCUGCAAAGUGAAAACCCAAAGAAACCACAAGCUGGAGAGUUCCUUGCUGUCCCACAGGAGGAAGACAGAUCAUCUGUGCUGAGUCCAGCAUCUGAAGGAGUGGAGAGCUUAACAGGCAGCACAGCUGACACUACGGUAGAGAUGGGAACACAUACUGAGGUGUUGAAGGUUCCCAGCGAACGGUCCAGGUCCACCUGCAGUGGUAAUGAAAGCCAAACAGGCCCGCCUAAACCACCAGUGGUCUUACCCAAAUCGGAAAAGGCUGUUCUCAAAGCUGUUAAGUUGGCAAACAGAAGGAUAAAGAAGGAGGAAGCCCAGAAGUCCUUCCAAAAAUCAUCCCAUAGUAGCAGCAAGCACAGAGUCGAGAAACCCAAGAGUGACAAACCUGAGCACAGAAACAGCAGCAGUAAAAAUCACAAGAGCAGUGUGAGAAAUCACAGAGAAAAAUCUGAAGAUGGUCAUUGUCACAGUGAAAGUCAACAAGGCAAAAACAGCGACGACCAGAGGGAGAAAAUACCCUCUGAAAGAAGCAACAACAACAAUGAAAGCUACCAUCAUGAUCGAACAGACGGGCGCUAUAGGCCUCGACAACAGUGCCAUGGUUCUGUGGAGAGCAAUAACCAAAACAAUGAAGCAAUACCCAGUGUUGGAACAGAGAGGCAAGGGCGCAGCAGCAGACGAGACAAGCGAGAUCAUAGACCCUACAGUAGUGACAGGCUCAUCAGCAAGGUACCUGUGUACAAAGCUCAACUCAGCGAUGUACCGUCAUCUGACCGGCCCUUCCAGCGGUCACAGAGCAUCGACCGGUACUUAGGAGACAGAGUGGGGCGCAAGCUCAGCGACGAUACGUCUCUAAAUGAGAACCUGGAUCCAAGGACCCAGCGCAUUGAAAAGUCCAUCAUAGACGAGCUUCAGCAGAGAGGACGAGCCAGAGACAAGACAAGCAGGGACAACAUGUUAAGAAGGAGUCACAGUAUAGAUGCGUAUCCUAACCCAUCGCCUUCAACACUCUCCCGCCAGUCAAGCCAAAUAAGCCACACCAGCCAGCUUUCUCGCCAGUCUAGCUUUGAGCACGCCAUUGUUGCGCAGUCCUUUCCCUUGACCCAACGUAAACUCCUGCAGGAUCCAGACUCCGGUCAGUACUUCUUUGUAGACAUGCCUUUACAAGUCAAGACAAAAACCUUCUUCGAUCCUGAAACAGGAAGCUAUGUGCAGCUGCCAGUUCAGCCACAAGAUGGGGCUCUUCCUCAGGUGUCACCCUUAGAGGUUUUGACCCAACCUCUGGUUGUUUACCACAGCUUUGUCCCGGUGCCCCUGUCUCCCAUGGCUCAGAAAGGUGCCAUACAAGUAGCUCACAUGGAGCCAAAUUUGAGGAAAGUGCACUGUGAGGGACAUCCUUAUCUAGAGCACGUCUAUGGCCAACAAGACCACAUGUUAGGGGAGUUUCUAGGCACUGAGGAGAUGGACUGUCCGAGCUGAUACACCAUGAUGGCUGAAAGGACGUAUCUAUCCUAAGUGCAGGCUGUGUUGCAAAUACCAUGUAAUUUUGAACGGUGUUGAAGCAUUUCAGGUGGGAUUUUAAGCAUCUGAUCUUUGUAUUACUUUAGUUGCAUUCACUUACACAAAAGCUGCACUGGCUUAAAGAAGCUACUGAUGCUUACUGAUAGAGGAUCAUUAUUUUGUGAAUUAAUGACCGUUUUUGCAAAUGCUGAUUUUCUGUUGGAUAUGUGUAAGAUAAUGUGCAAUUUUUGGGAAAGACAAAGGACAUGGACAAUCCAUGUACAUAAUGUAUUUAAGUGUAAACAUAAGAUAAGCCUGAAUGUAAAUGUGAAAUGUGUUGUAAAUGCUGAGAGCUUGUUGUAUACAACUCAAGAGGGUAUUUUUGUCUCCUUUAACAGGUAUUGUGUUUUUUGUAUUAAUACCUGCAAAGUUGGUUUCCUUGAGAUUUCUUCCCCCCCUCCCCGGCGGUUUGCAGUCACUUAGGUUACCAUUAGUGUUUGAAGAGUCCUUGAAUGUGUUUCCUUUUUUUAAAUGCAGAGAACGUAAAGGAGAAUUGGUUUUGCUAGGUUUUUGCAUUGGCAUUUUUGUCAACUAGACUAAAGCAGGGCUGUAUUGUGUCUGUUAUCCAUUCCAAUAAAAUUCAACUGUUG